GCGGGGUCGUGGAUGUUUGUGGUGGACUUCUCCUCUGUGUGCGGAGCGGUGGCGCAGUGGUUAGCGCACUCGUCUCCUGUGUGCGGAGCGGUGGCGCAGUGGUUAGCGCACUCGUCUCCUGUGUGAGGAGCGGUGGCGCAGUGGUUAGCGCACCGCGCUCGAUAUCCAAACCCGGGGCACCCGAGUACGAGUCACCCCCCUCCCCCCCAUCGGGGCCUCAACAUCACCGUCUCGGUCGACUUUCAAGUGGCGUGUCCGCAGCCAUGCCUGUUUCGCUGCGUGCCCUUCGGCAGCUCGCCGUGUUCUGGGGAGUCAUGUCAACUGGAGGUGGCAGCCUCAUGUACUACCUCCUGCAAAAGCGGUUCCAGGGGUCCGAGUUUUACCAGCAAUCCGUGCGGGCGCUGGAGGAGCACACAGAGAGCAUGACUGCGCUUGGCGCACCGCCCUUGCGGACGCAUCUCCUGCACCUCCGCGACACGACCAACAACCACGUGGACGCCCUCUCCGCCAAACUUGCGAUCCCCGUGUCUGGGCAGCACGCCCGCGGCUUCCUGAGGAGCAGCUCAUCCCGAACGGAGCCCAAAGAGAGGUGGGAGAUGCAGGAGGUGGUGCUGUGCUUGGGAAAUGGCAGCUGCAUCUCCAUUCUGCGCAAAGCCGAGGGGUCAGAGGAGUGACGUGGGAGGUGACAGCGACGCCGUCGAGGGAGCUUGCACGGAGGGUUAAGUUUGACGGGUUAUCCCGGCUUGAAGUGCUGCUCGGCAUCACGGCUCACGGCUCGGGGUCACUUCUCCGUCAGCCGAUGGUUGACUACCGCUUGUGAGAGACCCCCCGUUGGUUGCAGUCCUGCGACCAGGUUGCAUUUAAAACACUUCAAGGAUUUUUUUUGUUUGUUCUUGUCCUGCUUUGAAUGGCACUCGAAGGAAUUUCCUUUGAAGGAGUUUUAUGCAGCUCGCCACUGGUACUGGACAUUUGCAUGACACAAUUUGUCAAAUAGAAAUUCUAAGAUUUUAGUUGUUGGCAUUCUCUGCAAUGAGUCUAUACAUAAGCAGAUACCGAAAACCUGUACAUUUACAUUUGUUCGAUGAAAUGGAUUAUUUUAUUUUAUUAAAGGCAGCUUAUGUCGGAAUCAGAAUAUUUAUUUAGACUGCAGGAGGAAUCCAAUGAGCUAUGAAGCUCUUCUUGACAGAUGCCGAGUACGGGCAGGUCAGCACGGUACACCAAACAUUACAAAGAAUGAUUGGAGUCCACAAAUAGAGAAAAGGUAAGCAAGUCACUAUAAAUAUAAAUAAAGCAUACAACUACAAAUUUCAUGUAAACAUGCUGCCUUGAAGGAGUGCGAUGUUCACGGAUGCUGGGCGGCUGUGCUGGAAAAUUCAGCAGCAGUCAGGACUGAAUCGCGGUGCAGAGUUAAUGGUUUGACUUCGGCAUUCAUUCACAGCAGAAGGGAAUCACCGACGAAUGUUGGCUGCAGUAUAGACAAUGUAACCGGUAUUGUCCAAAACGUGUCGAUUCUGAAAAAUGACACUGGCAGGACCCUCCUGCAAAGAGUCUUGAGACUCGGUGAGGCUUUCCUGAGCAAAAAAGCAUCAAUGAUACCAAUAUGUGCUGGUGUUGUCGCUAAAAUUCCACGUUAAGCAUGUCCACAAUUUAUAAAGUCAAUCGCGAUAUCCGUUUACUUCUACGAGCCCCCUGCAAAAAAGGACAUCAUCCUGGGUAAUUAGAUGGCUUAAAUGUGGCUGAAGUACUUGGCUUUGAUUUACACAAUAAAAGAUACGUUUGCUGAAAAUCAAGAGUUCACAAUAAUAUUUUAUUAUCAAAGUACGUAACAAAAGCUUUACAAAAACAUUUAAUGGAUAAAAGCAAUAAAGUGUGGAUACUAAUGUAAAAAAUAUAUACUUAUUUGUUUUUACUUUCAUUAAGAGCUGCAAGCCGACUGCACUUACGAGUAUGGAAAGCUGAUCCUGUACUGCAAUCGUUGGGAUGCAACAACUCGCCAGUUAAAAAAUAAAUUCUCAACCAGUA